GCCUCAUCUUCUGAAAGUGAAGCAGCCCCUGGAAAAGAUGGGGAUUUCUGCUUGCGCGCAAAACUGCAGCAAAACCGGAGAAGGCGCCUUCACCGGAGAGGUCAGUGCAGCGCAACUGAAAGACUCACGUGUCCAGUGGACUCUAGUGGGCCACUCCGAGCGGCGUACCAAGUACGGCGAGACCGAUGAGGACGUGGCGGAGAAGGUGGUACAAGCCCUGGCUGCAGACAUGAAGGUUGUCUUGGCCAUCGGUGAGCUGCUGGAGGAGCGCGAGGGUGGCAAGACCAACGAAGUGAACGAGCGGAUGCUGGCUCCCGUCAUCAAGAAGGUCAAGGCGGAGGACUGGAACCGCAUUGUCAUCGCGUAUGAGCCCGUCUGGGCCAUCGGCACUGGCAAGGUGGCAACACCUGAGCAGGCUGAGGAGACACAUGCUGCGAUCCGUGCCCACCUGGCCACCGCGGUGAGCGAGGAAGUGGCUGAAAAGGUGCGAAUCCAGUACGGCGGUUCCGUCACCGUGGACAACUGUGCUGAGCUGAUCAAGAAGCCGAACAUCGACGGCUUCCUGGUUGGAGGAGCCUCGCUCAAGCCAACCUUCAUGGAGAUCAUCCAGAAGAGCACUCCUCCGCCGGUGCUGAAGAAGCCCAAGUUCUCCAAGAUUUCGGACCUGCUCCCGAACACGAAG